GGGGAGGGCUCAGCGCUCGGCCAAGUUCCCGGAUGGUCGCAGCCUCCCGGCGCCCAGCGCUUUUCCUGCCCGCCCCGGCCGGGCGCUGCGGACCCGGAGACGAGUUUCCCAGGGGGGGAGAAAAAAAAAGAUGCCCCUCGCGCCGCGGGGCCGCCGAGCCGCCCGGAGCCGCCGAGCGAUUUAAAGACAGAAGAAGCAUCCGCUAGAGAAGCCAAGUUAGGUGUUUGAAGACCUUUACUGAUCCCCCACACCACAGCACAUUUACCCACAAGACUGUUAAAAACUUAGCUGUCCAAGAUGCCGGUCCCUCCCCCGCCAGCACCCCCACCGCCACCAACAUUUGCAGUCGCCAACACCGAGAAACCCACCUUGAAUAAGACAGAACAGGCCGGGAGGAAUGCUCUUCUCUCUGACAUCAGCAAAGGGAAGAAACUGAAGAAGACAGUCACCAAUGACAGAAGUGCCCCAAUAUUGGACAAACCUAAAGGAGCCGGUGCCAGUGGCGGUGGUGGCUAUGGUGGAGGCGGCGGUGGUGGCUACGGUGGAGGAGGAGGAGGCAGCGGCGGUGGAAAUUUUGGAGGGGGUGGACCUCCCGGAUUGGGAGGACUAUUCCAGGCCGGAAUGCCGAAGCUGAGGUCCACCGCCAACAGGGAUAAUGAUUCUGGAGGGAGCCGACCACCGAUUUUGCCACCGGGAGGAAGAGCCACAUCUGCCAAGCCCUUUUCACCCCCGAGUGGCCCGGGGCGCUUCCCCGCACCCUCGCCUGGCCAUCGGAGUGGUCCCCCGGAGCCGCCCAGGAGCAGAAUGCCUCCCCCGAGGCCUGACGUGGGCUCGAAACCCGAGAGCCUUCCGCCGCCAGUACCAAACACGCCAAGACCCGUUCCGUCGAGCGUGCACAACCGAGGCUCCCCAGCAGCGCUGGGGGCCCCUAGGCCCCCCUUCCCCGGAAACCGAGGUGCUGCCUUUGGAGCAGGCUCUGCACGCCAGAACCCCUCGAGCGCCCCCUCUCCGUUCUCCAGGCCCCCUCUGCCCCCCACCCCAAGUCGGGCCUUGGAUGACAAGCCCCCUCCACCACCUCCUCCCGUGGGCAACAGGCCGCCCAUCCACAGAGAAGCGGUGCCCCCUCCUCCUCCUCCAUCACAGAACAGCAAACCUCCAGUGCCUUCCACCCCGCGGCCCGGGUCCGGGUGCCAGGCACCACCUCCUCCGCCACCGCCCAGCCGGCCCGGGCCUCCUCCGCUGCCCCCGGCUUCCAGCGAUGAGAUCCCGAGGCUGCCACAGCGGAACCUGUCCCUCUCGUCCUCUGCGCCUCCCUUGCCUUCACCCGGACGCUCGGGGCCUCUCCCUCCUCCGCCCAACGAGAGGCCCCCUCCGCCAGUGAGGGAUCCGCCAGGCAGAUCAGGCCCCCUCCCUCCACCGCCUCCCAUAAGCAGAAAUGGAAACACACCUCGGGCCCUGCCUGCCACCCCUCAGUUGCCAUCCAGGAGUGGAAUGGACAGUCCCAGAAGUGGGCCUAGGCCUCCUCUUCCUCCUGACAGGCCUGGUGCUGGGGCGCCGCCCCCACCCCCACCAUCCACAGCAGUUCGAAACGGCUUCCAAGAUUCAUCUUGUGAAGAUGAGUGGGAGAGCAGGUUCUACUUCCAUCCCAUUUCUGAUUUGCCACCUCCGGAGCCUUAUGUACCAACAGCCAAGUCCUAUCCUAGCAAACUUGCCAGGAGCGAAAGCCGGAGUGGAUCCAACCGAAGAGAAAGGGGCGCCCCACCCCUUCCUCCCAUCCCGAGGUGAUCUCUGCGUGCUCGUCUCUACCCAAGCUCCAAAGCUGCUUCUGUCGUUGCUGUUUGAAAACUGCACGCCCCUCCUCUUGUUUGCCCCCCUCAGACCGAGGAGGAGGGAAUAGAAGCUGAAGAGGUGAUACCUGCAUCUGGGGGUGGAGAGCAGGACAGCUGUGCCUCGCUGUUUAUGUUGUAUAUAUUUCUGAGCUAUUGCUUGUGUCAGCUGCCAGGGUUGGCUGCUGGGAUCCAUAAGCUUUUGUUGCAAAUAGGCAGAGACAAAUUGUAUCCCAGCUUUCAGCCCCAUGAAUUCAGACAUUCACUGUUUUUUGUUUUGUUUUUGUUUUUGUUUUUUCUGCUGCAGGGUGUAGUUGUUAAAUUCCCUGAGAGCUGGUUUUGUCCAUGCCUUUCUUUCUUGCUCACAUGGCCUCUGGUCUGCUUCCACAAACCACAGACCGCCCAAGCAAGUUGCUGAGCAGGCCUUAAAUGAAGCCCUGUGGUUGCAGAAUGUCCAACCCUCGGCAGUCUGAGGUAGGCGCCAAGGCACAGAACCAUAAUGUGAGCCCCAUAACCAGUCUUAAAAUGACCAGCAGCCAAGUUUUGUAAAGGCAAAGACAGACAGGUGAAAAGAAUUCCAUUUUGCUUAACUCUGUGCACCUGAAAUAUCACUUCGACCUGUAAUCAAUAUAGAAACAAUUAAUGAGAUAUUUACAUUUUUUGGUACUAAGCCUUUACACUCCAGUAAUCAUUUUGUACUUAGAACAAACACAUCGCCAGGUUACAAGUGUCCACAUGUGCCUAAGCACCACACUGUCAGACAGUCCGGACCUGCAAGACGGGAGCUAGAACAUAAACCUCUUAUCUAAAGAGGCAAAUUGAGUUUUAGCAGCUUAAGAGAUACCCCAGGACAAAGUCAGAGCUCAAUACCAUGUUUGGCAGACAGUGAGACCUUAGGUUUUUGUCCCUCCUUUUGCCUAUUUCCUUCAUUUGUUUGUACAGGUUUUUCUUCAAAGUAUCUUAGUCAGAAAUUGCUCUAAUACAGUUUACAGUCACAGGAAUAAAGCCGCUACAAAGUAGCUCUUUGUAGCACUUCCUAGCUCAGCACCAGCUGUCCCUCGCACUCCCUGGCCACUGGCCUUGCAGAUCUUCAAUGGCCUUCAGCCCUCUACUCCAGAGCAAACUCCUUUCUCAGGGCCAGCAGGAAAGGCUAGGAAGGCUAGCUAGGAGAAGAAAGUCAGAGAAGGUACCAAAUCAGAAUAGAGGGAGAAGGGCCCAGCUUUGAGAUGAUGGGCAGAGCUACAAAACCAACCGGGAUCAAGUGGAUUAAGGAGCUUACCAGUGGGAACCAGAAAGAUUUGGUUUUGAAUCUCUCAGGAGAACCGUUGUCUUGGGUCUGUGCAAGUAAGUUUAGCUACAGGACAGCAGAAAGGGCCAGACUUGCCUUUUAUAUAGAGAUAUAUAAAAUUUUGUUUACAAAAUUUUACUGGGACUUUUAAAUCUAGCUGUAGAGUUGAAAAAAAGAUUUCCACUUUGGUGUUUUCUAUAGUUGUGUUUGAUAUUACCAUUGUCUGUUAAAGCACACGGCCCACGUGUGCGUAUCUACCUGAACUUUGUAUUUGGGGGCCAUUACCCACGUGUUGCUGGGGGAUGCUAACAACAAAAAUAAAAUCAACCCAAAGAAAAAGAAUGGAAAGACAUUCCUAUUUAUAGAGUAAUUGAUUCAUUUAUACGAAAGCAGGUCUUAGGAGUCCUGGUAGACAAAAUGUCUAAUAAGUUAUAAAGUAACUGGUUUGAAUAUAUUGUAUUUUUAUAACUUUCCUUGCCAAAGCCCUGGACUUAGUACUUGCAAGAGUAAUUAUCCUCCCUUCUCCUCUGCCAUUUGUCUGUCUUCCAUGAGAACAAAGAAAUAAAACGUUUAACAAGCUUGACAUUUUUUUUUUAUUUCUAACAUUUUAAAAUUGCAUUUUGAACUCUUUGAUCUGAUGUUCACUAUAAUAAACAUCCUUUUGAUAGACUCUUAAGUGACCCAUUUUACUGAAAACAGAACUGGUCCCUCCUGUGCUACUUAUGGCAGAGAAAGGUGUGACUUAAAAAGCAUGGGCCUGAAUUUUUUAAGGGAUAACAAAAAUUGGACGAGUCCUAGUAUAUCUCAGUUUGUUUGUUUGUUUGUUUUUUAGGUACGUUCCUAAAUCAGAAAUAGGGUCACAGCUCAAAGUUGCCAUUCAUAAUAAAGAACUUUUGGGAUGUAUUUUUCAAAGAAUAUUUCAUUAAUACACCUACAUCCUUUCUUUGGAAGUCAGUGACCCAGUUGCAUUUAAAACUCUGGAGAAGUUCUGUGUUUAACUUUACCUGUGACACACACACACACACACACACACACACACACACAAUGCCUCUAUUCUUCCCUGAAAUCAAAGCUUACAUGUAUGUUUUUUCCAUAAUAUAUCCCAGUUAUGUGUAUUCAAGAUGCAAUACAGUAUUUUAACAUUUGCAAGUCAUUUUAUAUGGAAAUAUAUUGCAGUAUUAAAAAUCAGUGUUCUGUGUCUACUUCACUAUGCAUUCUAUUUACUGAAAGCCGAGAAAAUGUUUAACCCAAUGGUGCCUUACUCUGCGAUUGGAGAGGAAUUGACUUUUUUAUGUCUUAAGUAGUGGAUUAUUUGCAUAUUUGUAAAAACUAUUAGGUCUUUAUAGUUUAACUUGUAAUAUCGAUUUUGUUACUUUAGUAGCAGAAACAGAGUGGUUCUGAGGUCUCCUCAAAGGUUUGUUGUGGAAUUUAUUUUUCCUGCUUAUAGGCAGGAGCUAUAAAGGAUUUUUUUUUUCCAUGCCACUGCACUGUGUAAACAGGCACACGUAGGUAUCUGUGUCAUCAGGGUAGUUAAAUGGUAGGGUAGAAUCUACCAUAGACACCUGCCUCUGUAAGCUAGCCAGACGAUAAAUAAAAAACAGAAUGAUACGGUGUCAA